AUAUGUUAUGUCAGAAAGAUAAGCACAUCCUUUCUGGACGCUUUAAUUUUUUUAAUACAUAACACCUGUCAUAACAAUGAAUUUAAUUUAAGUUUAUAAUCAUUUCUAGUAUUUAAUAUUUUUGUUCAAUUAACAUAUAUUAAAUUAUUCAAGUUAAUCUGAUAUUUAUUAAUAAAAAUGGCAUUUUUAGAUUUAAUUUCUGUGCCGAAGGUUGAUUCUGUCAUUUUAACAGAAAAAACUAAUGAACGCUUAAUAAGUUUAGAAGGUACAUUAUGUUUGAGUGUUCAUCAUCUUUUUUUGUCAUCAAGACAAGAUCUUGGAAAAGAUAUUCUAUUACUUUAUCGAAAUAUUGAUGUUAUUGAAAAGAAAACUAAUAAUCAAAGUCCUGGAGGCAGUAUUGUACUUAAAUGUAAAAAUUUUAGAAUUCUUCAACUUGAAAUUAAUUCAACAGAUGAUUUAGUUAAAGUCACAACCACAUUAGAAAGACUUUCAUCAUUAGAUCAAACUCUACAAUAUCCAUUUUAUUAUCGCCCACAAUCAUCAAAUCAAAAUAAAGAUCAAGUAGAGGAUGGUUGGACCGCCUUCGCUCCAGUUUCUGAAUGGUCUAGAUUGUUAACAGCACAUGGAGAUGAGUGGAGAAUCAGUUAUUUUAAUCGAGAUUAUCGAGUGUGUAAUUCAUAUCCAUCUACAGUUAUAGUACCUCGAAUGAUAGAUGAUCAAACAAUCAUAUCAUCAGCUGCUUUUCGUGAUGGUGGAAGAUUUCCCAUUUUAUGUUACAGACAUGAAAACGGAAGUUUUCUAUUUAGAAGUGGACAACCAUUGUGUGGAGCUACCGGAAGACGAUGUAUGGAAGACGAAAGGCUAUUAAAUAUUGUUCUUGGUGCUGGGAGACGAGGAUAUAUAGUUGAUACAAGAUCUGCUAGUCAAGCGCAAAAUGCUCGUGCUAGAGGAGGUGGAACUGAAAUAGACUCAGCAUAUCCACAAUGGAAAAAGGUAUUUAAAAGCAUCCCUAGACUGUCAGAACUAGCUGACAGUCUUUAUAAAUUAAUAGAAGCGUGCAAUGAAACCUCCUGUUCUACUAGUCAAUGGUUAUCAAGAUUAGAAAAUAGUGGAUGGCUGUCUACUGUUCAAAGUGCUAUGAAUGCUGCCUGUGUUGUAGCUCAAUGUCUUCAUCAAGAAUUAGCUGCAGUAUUAGUACAUGGUGGAACUGGUCGUGAUUCCACUCUUGUAAUUACGAGUUUAGCUCAAAUUAUUGUUAAUCCGGAUUGUCGAACUAUUCGUGGUUUUGAAGCUUUAAUUGAACGUGAAUGGCUUCAAGCAGGUCAUCCUUUCUAUACUCGUACGCGUCAUGGAGCAUAUUUUUCAUCAAACAACCAAAAUUUUCCUCAUGCACCUACAUUUCUUCUUUUUCUUGAUUGCGUUUAUCAACUUUUUUAUCAAUUCCAAUACAGCUUCGAAUAUGGUACAGAAAUGCUUGCAGAGCUUUUUAAACAUGCUUAUUCAUCUGAAUACGGAACAUUUUUGGGCGAUUCUGAAGCUGACAGAAUAAGUUUACGACUUGCUGAACGUACCUGUAGUCUCUGGUCUUAUAUGAAUAAACCAGAGUCUUUAGAAACUUGGUUAAAUCCAUUGUAUGAGCCUAAUCCAGGCGUCAUUUGGCCUAGUGUAGCUCCUAUCAGUAUUCAUUUAUGGAAAGAAUUAUACAUAGAACAUACCUCAGCUUUUUCUUGGGAAGGUUUCAUUUCUUGUGUAAACCAAAUUAAAGAAAAUCAUUUAGCCGUAAAGAAAGUAGCUAAUCAAUUACGAGCCAAGGUAAGUCGGGCAUUAGAUGAAAUUAUUUGUGGUCCAGAUACUUCCUCGGAAACAGAUUGUGAUAAUGACGGUCAAUUGACUUCUUGUUUCACAAAAUUGGCAAUAGAAUCUCAAAAAACUUGAACAACAUAAAUGUUAACUUCCUGAAGAAUAUUAUUGUUCACUAUUUUCAAAAUUUAUUGUAAAUUUGUGAUGAUCAAUUAUUAUUAUAAUGAAUAUUAUUUUUUUCAUGUCUUAUUUAAGUUAUUAAUAAUUUAUGAAUACUGAAUACUAAUUCUUUGCUGAAGCAAACAAAAAAAAAAAUUAAAAUGCUAAAUAAUUUCUGGUGAUAAAAAAUAGAAACGUCUCCAUAUCAGCAAAACUCUGGUUGAUAGAUAAAUAUUUUGACAGUUUGAAUGUAUAAAUUUUAAUAAAAUUCUAAAAAAAUACUUGCUUCAGAAUUGAAUUAUUAACUACAUAUAAUAAUUAAUAAUUGAUAUUUAAUUAUUUUAAUAUAUACAAAUAGAUUUAUCAAGGAAUGUCAAUAUCAUACAAAAAGAAAGAUUAUAAUGAAACUACGUCAUAUAAAUAAUUACUAACGUUAUAACAAAACAUGUGAAAAGAAUUCCUCCUACUAAAAUGAAUCCAUCUUGACGAGCUCGA